GGGACGGCCGUCGUUUUUAGCUUUCGCUGCUGCCGCCUUCUCAUAAUCGAGCAGAGCCUCUUGAUUUACGCCGCCGUGAUCGCCGCCGCAUCGCCAACUUCCGACGAGCUCCCAUGGCCACUCUCGGCCUCACGAAGCCCGCCGCCGUCGAAGCUCCUCAGAUUGCGUUUGCUGCAAAGGAGUUAGAUUUUGCAGAAUGGAAAGGAGACAUACUUGCCGUUGCUGUUUCAGAGAAAGAUAUGUCAAAAGGCUCUGACUUCAAGUUCGAAAAUCCAAUUUUGAAAAAGCUAGAUGACAAACUUGGUGGUCUUCUCGCUGAGGCUUCCUCAGAGGAGGAGUUUGCUGGAAAAGCUGGACAAUCGAUGGUUCUAAGACUCCAGGGCUUGGGCUUUAGAAGAUUGGGCCUUGUUGGGCUUGGAUCAUGUUCACUUUCUGCCACCACUGCUACCUAUCGAGGCAUAGGAGAAGCUGUUGCUGCAGCUGCAAAGUCUGCCCAAGCAAGCAGUGCUGCUAUUUUUCUCGCAUCCUCAGAGGAAACUUCUGAAGAGUCCAAGCUUAAAGCCGCUUCAGCAAUUGCAUCAGGAGUUGUACUAGGAGUUCACGAAGAUAACAGGUUCAAAUCCGAGUCAAAAAAGGCGCUGCUUAAAUCCAUGGAUAUCAUUGGUUUGGGUUCUGGAGCACAAUUAGAUAAGAAGCUGAAGUAUGCAAGUGAUGUUUGCUCUGGAGUGAUUUUUGGGAAGGAGCUUGUAAAUGCACCAGCCAAUGUGCUUACCCCUGGUGUACUGGCUGAAGAGGCUUCAAAAGUUGCUUCUUCGUAUAGUGAUGUUCUUACUGCUAAAAUAUUAGAUGCAAACCAGUGUGCUGAGUUGAAAAUGGGUUCAUACCUGGGUGUUGCUGCUGCAUCGUCAAACCCUCCUCAUUUCAUCCACUUGUGUUAUAGACCACCAAAUGGUGAUGCAAAAAUAAAAUUGGCAAUAGUUGGGAAGGGACUGACAUUUGACAGUGGUGGUUACAACAUAAAGACUGGGCCAGGCUGUUCGAUAGAGCUAAUGAAAUUUGACAUGGGUGGUUCUGCAGCUGUUUUUGGUGCAGCAAAAGCCAUCGGUCAAAUUAAGCCUCCAGGGGUAGAGGUCCACUUCAUUGUUGCUGCCUGUGAAAAUAUGAUAAGUGGAACAGGCAUGAGACCCGGUGACAUAGUCACAGCUUCUAAUGGAAAGACAAUUGAGGUGAAUAAUACUGAUGCCGAGGGAAGGCUUACACUUGCAGAUGCUUUGGUAUAUGCUUGUAACCAGGGUGUUCAGAAGGUGCCAACAUCAUUUAUUAAUUCUACCUUGUUUUCCUUCUACUUGAUCCUUGAAAGUGAAUAUCAGCUUGUUGCAUUGUUAUUUUAUGCAAUCCAACGGAAUAUGCAUAUCUGUUAGAAUAGAUCUAAAUUU